AUGUCGAACAGCUUAGAAGAUCAGGCCGCGUUUGCACUAUUCUUCAGCAAUUCCUGUUCAUACGCUGCCAAUGCAUUCUUGGCUUUUGACUACAUCCUCACGUUCGACGACGAGGUGAUGCUCUUCUGGAGGGGACACCAACGGUCCGGCGCAACCGCCUUGUUUCUCCUUAACCGGUACAUCACUCUCGCAUCGCAGAUCGUCAACACGGUCCCCAUCCCUUCGUCUGUCAAGACCGCCAAGCUAUCUCUUCGUAGCCUCGGCAAGAAAACGUUCGCCGGUAUCCUUCUCCUGGAUGGAACAAUUUACUUUUUAGCUCUGCUUAUCUUGAGCGUCCUCCAAAUGACGUUCACUUUGACUGGGGUUGCGGAGAACGGUACAAAUAGUAUAACGAGUGCCAUCGUUUUGUUCGAGGAACCCUUGACCGCAAUCCUUACGUCGAGGUUCCUGAUCGACUUGCAGAAGGCCCAGCGCAAGCUGGCGGGCUCUUCUCAGUCCAUCUCUCUCGGGGAAGUCGCAUUCCGACCACAGACAUCGACAAACAUGAGCCGCUUCGUUGGGUCCUUGGGAGCCCAGCUCUCAUUCCACGAAGACGAUGAACAGAAUGAGGGCGGAGAUGAGCCGUAG